AUGUUGGCGACGCGGGCGAAGGUGGUGGCUCUGCGGAGAAGCGGCCACAUCUCCGGCCGGGGCGCCGGGCGGGGGCUGUGGACAGGCCGCCCGCAGUCAGAUACUGACAAUAUGAAGCCAUUGAAGGGUGUAAAAAUUCUGGAUCUAUCGAGAGUACUGGCGGGACCUUUUGCUACUAUGAAUUUAGGAGAUCUCGGAGCAGAAGUUAUAAAAGUGGAAAGACCAGGAGCUGGUGAUGAUACACGAACUUGGGGGCCACCUUUUGUGGGGACAGAAAGUACAUAUUUUCUCAGUGUUAACCGAAAUAAAAAAAGUAUUGCUAUUAAUAUCAAGGAUCCAAAAGGGGUGAAAAUCAUCAAAGAGCUUGCGGCUGUUUGUGAUGUAUUCAUGGAAAACUAUGUCCCUGGCAAACUGUCUGCAAUGGGCCUGGGCUAUGAAGAUAUAGACAAGAUUGCUCCACACAUCAUCUAUUGCUCCAUUACAGGGUAUGGUCAGACAGGUCCCAUGUCUCAGCGAGGUGGUUAUGAUUUGGUUGCUUCUGCUCUUUCUGGUAUGGUGUACCUCACAGGGCCUGAGGAUGGAGAUCCGGUUCGCCCUGGAGUGGCUAUGACUGACCUUGCCACUGGCCUGUAUGCAUAUGGAGCCAUUAUGGCUGGAUUGAUACAAAGAUAUAAAACUGGAAAAGGACUGUUCAUUGAUUGUAACCUACUGUCAUCUCAGGUGGCGUGUUUGACCCAGGUUGCUGUUAAUUAUCUUAAUGCCCAAAAGGAAGCAAAACGUUGGGGCACAGCUCAUGGCAGUAUUGUUCCUUACCAGGCUUUUAAAACCAAGGACGGCUUUCUUGUAAUUGCAGCAGGAAAUAACCAACAAUUUGCUACUGUGUGCAAGAUCUUGAAUUUGCCUGAGUUGAUUGAUGACUCCAAGUAUAAGACUAACCACCUUCGGGUACAGAAUAGAAAAGAGCUUAUUAAAAUACUAUCUGCACGGUUUGAAGAAGAAACGACCAGCAAAUGGUUACACCUCUUUGAAGGCAGUGGGGUCCCGUAUGGCCCAAUCAACAACAUGAAGAGUGUAUUUGCAGAACCCCAGGUGUUACACAAUGGACUCAUUAUGGAGAUGAAGCAUCCAACUGUGGGGAAGAUUUCAGUCCCAGGCCCAGCUGUGAGGUACAGUAAGUUCAAGAUGUCAGAGGCCCAGCCACCUCCCCUGCUCGGGCAGCACACGAGGCACGUCCUGAAGGAGGUCCUCAGAUACGACGACAGGGCUGUUGGGGAGCUGCUCAGGGCUGGAGUGGUGGCCCAGCACGAAGCCGAGUGA